GCAGCCGGCACCAUGUCCAUGCUACCCACCUUCGGCUUCACGCAGGAGCAAGUGGCGUGCGUGUGCGAGGUGCUGCAGCAGGGCGGCAACAUCGAGCGGCUGGGCCGCUUCCUGUGGUCGCUGCCCGCCUGCGAGCACCUCCACAAGAAUGAAAGCGUGCUCAAGGCCAAGGCGGUGGUGGCCUUCCACCGCGGCAACUUCCGCGAGCUCUACAAGAUCCUGGAGAGCCACCAGUUCUCGCCGCACAACCACGCCAAGCUGCAGCAACUGUGGCUCAAGGCGCACUACAUCGAGGCGGAGAAGCUGCGCGGCCGGCCCCUGGGCGCCGUGGGCAAGUACCGCGUGCGCCGCAAGUUUCCACUGCCGCGCUCCAUCUGGGACGGCGAGGAGACCAGCUACUGCUUCAAGGAGAAGAGCCGCAGCGUGCUGCGCGAGUGGUACGCUCACAACCCCUACCCCUCACCUCGCGAGAAGCGCGAGUUGGCGGAGGCCACGGGGCUCACCACCACGCAGGUCAGCAACUGGUUCAAGAACCGGCGGCAGCGCGACCGGGCAGCCGAGGCCAAGGAAAGGUACGAGGAGAACAGCGAGAACUCCAACGCUAACAGCCACAACCCGCUGGCGGCGUCGAUGAACGGCAGCGGCAAGUCGGUGCUAGGCAGCUCGGAGGACGAGAAGACGCCGUCGGGGACGCCAGACCACUCGUCGUCCAGCCCCGCGCUGCUGCUCAGCCCGCCGCCGCCCCCGGGGCUGCCGUCCCUGCACAGCCUGGGCCACCCUCCGGGCCCCAGCGCCGUGCCCGUGCCCGUGCCGGGCGGAGGCGGCGCGGACCCUCUGCAGCACCACCACGGCCUGCAGGACUCCAUCCUCAACCCCAUGUCGGCCAACCUCGUGGACCUGGGGUCCUAGAGCCCCGCCUGCCUCGACGCGCUUGCCUUCUGGCCUGGGCGCUGGGGACCCAAGAGGGACCGUGUCCGAAGGGCGGCCCACGCCGGCGGCCCCACCAGGUACUGAAAGGCCCGCGCGCUGAGCGGGCAAGAACUGCCGCCCGGGUAGGACGGAUGGCUCUAUGGUUUAGUCUUUGUUCGGGACUUUUUUUUUUUUCUUCCCAACAAGUUGCUUUGGAGGUCCUUUGGAGGCCGGGACCCAGUCUUGAACCAGGGAAGGGAAUAAAUUAUACACCAUUCUCCUACUCUUUCUCUUCCCCUGCCUUCUCCUCCCCUCUCUUCUCUCUUUGCCUUCCUUGCUCGUUCCUUCUUCCUCCCCCCUCCUUCUCUUUUCUCCUUUCCCUUUCUUCUUCUUCUUUCCCCCUUUUCACUGUAUGUUUCCCUCUGUGCCUCUUACUUGCCACCUCUCACUAGAUUUCUGUUAUUCUGCCUCUUUUUCUGUCUCCUCUCCGCCAGCCUCUUGCUCCUCGCAAGCUGUACCCCUUAGUAUCUCUCCUUGUGCCUGGCCAUCUGCGUGCCGUCCACCUAUUCCUCACUUUCCUGGGGUGGGAGGGGAAAGAGCGAAGAAAAAACAGGGCCUUUGAACCUGGGCUUUCUCCAGAGGCCCUUCCCCGAGGUGUCAGCUUUGCGCCCAGUAACUUAAGUGAAGGAGAACGGGCCAAGGAGCAGAAGCCCCUGCACGCCCCCUUGCCUCCAGCCCCUCUGUCUUGGUGAGGCCCUGCCAAGCUCUCCUAUUCCUCCCCGGACAGUGGCCACCCGGCUCCAGGCGGAGCGUGCCUCCGGAGCUGCGGACUUGCCAUCUCCCUGUUAUGCCCUCAUGUGAAUGUUCUUCGGGAAAUAUUUCUGCUUUUAUUUUAUAAUAAAAUUAGAAAUCAUAAAUA